AUGCCCCUUGCGUUCCCCCUGCUGGCGAAAUACUCAUACCACCUCGGCCUACGAAAAAUCUUGACCGAUGACAUUUUGGACCCCACGCAGACCCAGAAAUCGGCCAAAAUAUUUCGGCGCCGGUUUCGGAAAAGGCGAACAGCGGCGGGUCUGCCGCGGCACGGUCAUCCGAGAAAGAGGCUCUUGAACGGUGGAUCUGUGUGGGUUCGGCUCGUGGGGACUUCAGGGCCGGCUUGCGGUGAUGUUUCCGGCGCAUAUCCGGGGUGCCAAGUUUCAAGGUUAGUGAUAGGCUACCAUGGGCUCGUGGCCGCUAGGAGGUCCGAUAUAUCGGAGGCUAGGACCUUGAGAUAUUUGACAAUGUCUUUUGCGUGUUUUUCAUCUUCGACCGGCUCCCACUUGGAACACUUUGGCGAAGAAAACCUUCACCUCUACAUGUAUGACGACCAUCUUGCACAACCUCUAAUCCACGACCAUCACAAGUAUGAUCGAGCUUUCAUAGCAGAAUGGGCUCAAUGGAAUGAUUUCUCCAGAGUCAUCCUCUCGCCACAACGAAGCGCGAUACGGAGAGCGAAGUUUCUAUCCUAG